AUGACCUCUACACAGAGCCAGGAGGAAGAUGGGCUACUUCCCAACAAAGAUCCUGCAUCGGACCCUGAAGCUCACGAUAAUCUACGACAAUUCUCCCGAUCCCCCCAUCCUUACACUCGUCCGGGUUCGCACUGUCCCUCGCUGCCUGUGGAUCCCGGCGACCGAGCGAAGCCCUCCCGCUGGCCCCGGACCUCGAGUGAUAGCGGCACAGAAGCCGACGAUGAGAGUACAGGUCUUUUAAGAGGGUUGCCGGCCCCUCCGCUGCGACCGCGAAAAGGAUUGCGUUCGAGUAUUCAUGGCGCAGGCGAGAUCGAUCAGUGGCUCCCCAUCUUGCGCCCGUGGCCGUCGAUAACACGGUCCACCUCGCGGAGUUCGCGGCGGAGUUCUGGAGAGGAUGCGGAAGUCGGGCCAGCCGAACUACGUGAACAGGAAUACCGCAGAAAACGGGUUGCCAUCCUACAAAGGCUACUGGAAACCGCACUACUGCUCUCAGUGGGUGUUGUUGUCCUGGGACAGGAGAGCGCGAGAGUGGCCGCUUGGGCCUGGAAAAAAGAGCUUGCCACCUUUUUGGUCAUCGUGAUCGGUCUCUACACCGCAUAUCCUCUGCAUCGCGACGGCCGCCUGCGACUUUCUCGCCUGUUCACCUUUGUCGUCCCUCCCGCCUUCGAUCCCGCUCCGUUGCUUUACCCCGUAUUGAUACCCAUCUACGUUUCGCUGUCUCUGGCGCAUCACAAUCCUUCAUUGAUACUGCCUAAUAUUCUUCUCAGUCUUUCAUCUCUCCCUGUCAAAGUCGUUCCGCUGCGCGAAUGGAUCCACGGUUGUAGUGUUGUCCAUUGGCUGGUCACAUUGAUCCCGAUUGUCGUUUCGGAGCAUCUGUCGGCAGGUCCUUCAUGGCCGAAACCACUAACUCUUCGUGGCCUGGACGCGGAAGUCUUGACUCUUAUUUUUCCUUUCCAUCAAGCGUUGAUACCCACUCUAGAUUUCUUGUUGACUACCAGCAUCCUUCCCGCAGAGCUGCAGCUUCUAACCACCGUUUUAAUCAAUCUCUACUUAUUUGCAACAUCCCCCCAGGCCGAAAUCCUCAAGGCGUUGCUAUGGCUGGGAGGCAUGUGCACCUUCAUCGCUUGCCGGGGUGUGCUACGAUGGGAGGUUGCCUUGGCUCGAAUCCCGACCUGGAAGUUCCGACGCUCCCCUAGUGCUUCGCAGUCGCCUCGCAGCAUCUUCAAUGCGAUCGAUCACAAACUCUGCCAAAAGCUCAGCAGAACAGGCUCCUCGGAAGAUAAUCUUUCUGAUAGUGAUUCGGCCGAUGGGGGCUAUGUGCUGGUCUCCCGCAAAACGAUGUUCGACUCGCGCGACAAGACGCUGUCCUACGGGCUAAGUAUCGGCAAGCACAACAAUACGGGCAUGGAGGGUACUCGCCGGCGAUUCCGUACCGCGCAUCGUCGACGACACACCUUUUCGAGCUUCGACGAUGUCAAACGAGCGGAGAAAGUUAGGACGACACCGGGAGGUCGCAAGAAGCGAUCAAUGGCGCCCGGACUAGCCUCCUUCCUAUCACUUACUGUACCUCAAGCACAAGUCCGGAAAUGGCUGUAUGCCCUGUAUGUUUACAUUGCCGUUCUGAUGAUUGUCAUGGUGCCCGUCCGGUACUAUGUCAGUGAUCGAGCAUUGCAGAAUGGAGAGCCCUUCGGGUGGGCAUUGGGGUACCUCUUCGGUAAUAUAUCUGGGUUUAGGUUUUGGGUGCUUAUGUGGGGUUUGGAGUAUUGGAUACCUCUUCCAGCUCGUCUGGAUAGCGACCCCUCCAAUGCAUCAUGCCCGUUUGGCUGGGUUGAACAUCUGCGGCAAGAUACGUUCGGGGAGGCUAAUUCGCGCCUCCUAAUUGCUGCCUAUUGCAUCCUGGUACUUGUGACCGGCCUGGCUGUUGUGCUACAACUCAGUCCCAUCGCAGAGGUCGACACCCGACGCAAGGUUUUCCACGGGAUGAUGGUCUCGAUGUUCCUUCCGACCAUUUACAUUGACCCCCUGUUCUGUGCUCUCGCGUUGAGCCUCGCCUUGGCUAUCUUCCUGCUCCUCGACUUGUUCCGAGCCUCUCAGCUGCCACCGAUCUCCCGGCCGCUGACGUAUUUCCUGGCGCCCUACGUGGACGGUCGCGAUCAUCGCGGUCCCGUCAUUGUCUCCCAUAUUUUUCUUCUCAUUGGAUGCUCGAUCCCCUUAUGGCUUUCCCUGGCCGAUGUUCCUCGGACAGGAGAGUAUCCAUGGGAGGGUUGGGACGUAAUGAGUCGCGAUGUCAGCAUGGUGAGCGGCAUUAUCUGUGUCGGGAUGGGCGACGCGGCGGCCUCCCUCAUCGGUCGCCGGUUCGGCCGGCGAAAAUGGUUCUGGGGCGGGGGGAAAUCGUUGGAGGGCAGCGUGGCUUUUGCAGUCGCUGUAACCAGCGGGCUGAUUGUUGCACGAACCUGGCUUACCCUGGGCCAAUGGUCCACGGACGGAAGUGACGGGACGAAUCUCAUAUACCCCUGGCUCCCGAUGGUGUUCAAAGCCAUUCUCGCAGCCGGCGGGACAAGCGCAACCGAAGCUAUUCUGACCGGGUGCAAUGACAAUGUCGUUGUACCGGUCGUGCUGUGGCUGUUGGUGAGAGGGCUUGGCAUUUAA